ACUCCAAAGGUGUAAUGUAGGAAAGAGAAAGCAGAUUUUCAUUUUUACACCAAUUGUACUUUUAAACCAUAUCGGUUCAAUGGGUUAACCGACCCGAUCGAACAAUUGACCAAAUCAGAUACUUGCUUCAUAUCGCUAAAACCCUAGACCCUGUUCUCUCGUGUUGUCAUAUUUUCCAAGUUUUGAGCUUCUGUUAACAAGUUUUUGAAUUCACUAUCUCCUUCAAAGAAAAUUUUUCUCCCAAAUGGCUUCAACUUGCAACAGAUUCAUUAGUAGAUCAUCAUCUUCCAUCAAAUCCGCCUUUAGACCUAACGGUUUCAAAUCCCCAUUCUCCAGAUCCGCCGCUGCUCCCUCCUCCACUCGAUCACCUCUCCCCUCCCAAUCCACUUCUCCUCUUCGCCGUUUCUCUUUCUCCAGGUGUCCGUCGGAGCUGGGAUGUGCGCAGUCACUGUUGCCACUGCACAGUGCUGUGGCGGCGGCGAGGUUGAGUUCAUGCCUAAGCACAACAUCGAAGAGUUGCCGGGCUCUUUCUCAGGACACAAAUAUUGUAGGAAAAUAUCAAGAUGCAAGCUUUCAUGAAUUGAAAGGCACAUAAGUUCAAUAUGCUUGAAAGAAAUAAAGUGGGAAUUUACAGUGACCGGUCCAUCUUCAUUCUCAAAGUUUGGUCUAUCAGUUCCGAGGUGACUUGUUAGAGACAUGAUUAUGAGGAGUGUUCAAAUGACUGAAGCAGCAAGGACUUGCAGAUUUUUUAUUUGAAAAAAGUUGUCAUUUCUAACAGCAAUGAAGCUGAUAUCAAUUCUUACAAGUGAGCGAAUCAAUCAAUUGUGCUGAUCAAAAUGUCCGAGUCCAAGGGCAGGUCUGAGAAAUUAUAACAUUGCUAAUAGAUUAUUUGCUCAAUGCUUCUUUUGUUGGAAGACAAAAGCCCAAUCAUUUUUGACCCAGGCAAAGCCCAAACUUGAACCAUAACAAAAAUGUGAUAACAGUUCUCAUAAACAAAUUCAAAACUACUUUUGAAGAAAAAACCGACAAUUCUUUGUCACAACGGUCAUUAACGGCCCCUUUUUCUUUCCUUGAUAUAAAACCGAACAUGUUAAACAACAUAUUAUCGGUUUCGAUUUGCACUCUCCCUUAAUUCUCAAGCACCUACGCCUGCCUCUCAUAGGUGCUAGAGGCCCUCCCCUACACUCCACACUGCUACAGCGCUUCCACUAACGUGCCACCACCAAGGCUAAGUUCUCCAAAGGACAAAGUUCAGUGUUUUCCUCAACAAAAUUGAGAUUUUAUAAUAGCAAUAACAAUAACACUUUUUUCGGGCAUAGCAGGUCCAUUUUCCAUUGUUCCCUUAAGCAAUACUUAUGACACCCUGUACACGGAGGACAUCUUGGAUUUCCUGGAAGUUCAGAAUCCUACUCGAGGACUUGAACACUGAGGAAAUACCCUUUCUAAACCCCUCUUCAAUGCCUCGGUCCAGUGAGCAUAUUGGUGAUACUAUUGAUCCUUUGGAGGAUCCUGUCAUUAGGGAUUUCUGCAAUAAGCCUACUGCAGAGGAUUCUCAAGCGGGUACUUUAAGGGUUUCUGGGAAAAUGAACAAUCAAAGAGAAACAAAUUUGGGAACAUAAAGUUUAAAAUAAUGUGAAUUCAAUGCCACUUUCAGUUCGGCCAAGUGAACCAGUCCCAUUUGUUUGCAGCUGUUGCCAAAUACCGAGAGAAAUCAUUCAUACUAAUGGCAUUGAUCAAGUUAUGAAACUUGAGAUUCAUGGAAGACUUGGAAUGAUCUGUCAUGCUAUUCUUAAUGAUCAAACGGAUAGUACUAAUGCAGUUACUCCAGGCCAUCAGUAUCAAAUGUUCGAGUAAGAUUCAUAUUAUUAUUUCUUCACUUUCUUCUUUUUCUUCUCCAAUUAUUUGAUCAUAACUUGGUUACAAUCUUGAGUACUAAAUUGCAAUACCUCAUUUCGGUACACCUUCAAUAGUUUCUGCAAAAACAGCAUUGAGGACGUGAGGCAGUGUCUGACUCAAUAUUGCAUGGAUAGAAGCCAAGCCGGAUGUAUCAUGAUUAAGGAUCCACUCUCAAUUUCUAUGAAGCCUUUAUGCGUGGGGUUUGCCUGGGAUGAAAAUUUGUAUAAUGGCGACUUCAACCAACCAUUAUCCUCAGAUUCAGCUAAAUUUCUCCCAUUUUGGCACCUCUGUUUUUGUCAUAUUCAACAGUUUGAUGGAACUGUAUAAUUUUGGUGCAGGGGCAUUUCAGAUGGAUCAAGCAGGGAACAGUAAUAACCAAGAGAAACCUCCUAAGCCCUCACUGGCAAUACAAGUUGUGGCUACUGUCUUAAAUCCUAAAAAUAAAGGAUCCCGUAGUCGUAUAUCAGUAAAAUUUUCCUUUUGGUCUUUGGCAGAAGUAUUUUAAUAGUUUUAGUAAAUUACUCUAGCCACCAUAACUGACUUGGUUAUAUCCUAAUUGGGAUGUCAUGAUGCAGAGAGAGAGAAUAAGAAAGCUGAUGUUAAGGAUAAAUAU